UGUGUUAUUUUGGUUGUUCCUGAUCUUGUUCAUUGAUUGAGCAAACCUCACCGUGGGGUGUAAUCCGACUGGUGAUGUCAGACUCGGUGGGUACGGUCUUCAGCCAUGCGCUCAACACAGUCAACAAGAUCCGCAUUGGAUCGCAGAAACCACCGUCCGUGACGCGACUGAAGCUCUAUGGACUUUAUAAACAAGCUAUGGAGGGCGAUGUGGAUGGUAUCAUGGAACGCUCCGAAGACAAUACCGAUGAAGGGCAUCGCGCGCGGGAGAAAUGGGACGCCUGGAAACAGCAGAAUGGCAUGACACGUACCGAAGCAAAGCGCCGAUACAUAACCACCCUUAUCGAAACUAUGCACAAAUACGCCUCCCCAUCAGUCGACUCCCGCGAACUCGUUGCAGAGCUCGAAUUUGUCUGGGAUCAAGUCAAAUCCAACGUACCGUCUUCAUCAUCAUCGUCUCCCCUUCGCAAUAGCGGCUCCAUGGGUCUUCAAAUGCCGCCGCCCACAUACCCCCAGUUCCAUACUCCAGCCACCAAUCAACAAGACAAAGGAAGGGAGGAAGCCAACGACCCGGAUAGCUCCCUUCAAAUAAAGAGUCCAAUGUCCCAAAGCGAAGAAGACCUGGAGAAUGAGGAGGCAGAACUAGAGAGGGAAGAAUUCGUCGACGCGCCAGAUUCCCAAGACCACCCCAACCCAAAUACCACGAACCCAUAUACCCUCCCGUCCACAACCGCGAACGCGAAUGCACAAACAGACCUCACAAUUCAAGAACCAAUCCCUUACACAACCCCACAGCGACCCCCGCCGCGAACAACCGUAGCAGGUGGCCUCCUCCCGGCCCUCUUCACACCAACCCCCGCUUUACCUUCCUCCAAUACUACCAAACCCUCUGCAGCCGAUCAAAAGUGGCGCAAGCGAAUCGAAGCUUCUCUCAUCAAGCAGACUGCCGAAAUCGCCGCUCUGCGCGAGCAGCUCGAAGCUAGAUCCCUCUUCACGCAUACCAAGAAAUUCAUCUUCUUCCGCUUCCUAUGGCGUGUGUUGUGGGGCAGCGUCAAACAUGUCGCGAUCGAUAUCGUGAUCUUGGGCGUUGUGCUGCUUUGGAUGCGUAAGAAAGAUGAUCGCAGAUUGGAGGGCGCGGUCAGGGUUUUGCUUGGGGAUGCAGUCGCGCAAGUUCAAAAGGUAGGGGGAGUCGGGAGAUUAGGGAGAGUUGGAGGAAUUGUGGGGAUUGUUGGUGGAGCUGGGGCGAAGAAGGAUGGGUGA